AUGGAAUUUGCUCUCGUACUUUUAGUGCUGCUCCUGAUUCUGUUAGGCGGAUUGUACUUGAAGAAGCAACAUGAAUUGGCCAAUCCUAGUCGAGCUUCGCUUCGACAGCGAAGAGUCUACGAGCGUGGCGGAGGUUCAGCUAUUAGUGUCACUUCAUUGAACACGGAGGUGAGUACUGUAACUUUUUUUUUGUAAUUUCAAUAUUUUUUUCUACAGUACAGUAAAACCGCCGUCAUAUACAGUUCGUAUUUUCUAUUACUAUACCUAAAUUACAGACAGAUUCAAGUGCAGCAACGAUUCGUCAUAUACCAACAUCGUCAACAACUUCAGUAGCUUCUGUAGCCACGACGGUAACGGCGGUACAAUCGCCAGCUACUGAGAAUUUGAGAACAAUGAAAGCUACUGAAACUACUUCUGUUAUAACUUCCGACCGGUCGGACAAUUCGUCUCAGAACAGUAGUGCUACCGAUUUGAGGAACAAUGUAGGUUUAUAUAUGAUGUACUUAAUGUGGUAGGGCAAGGCUUAGCAAAUUAGGGUAGGGUAGGGUGGGUAGAGUAAGGUAGGGUAGGGUAAAGUUGAAAAAUCAAAAUCAUAUUAAUGUAGAUUACUGUAACAUUCCUAAAAAUUGACUGGUAGAUUUUAACCUUACUUUUGCCAUUUUCAGUUAGUAUGUGACUGUGGAAACGCCGAUUUGACCAUUCCAGAACGAGAAAACUUAAAAAUGCCGGAAAAGAAGGACAUUUACAAGGUAUCGAACCCGGUCUAUAUAUUACCCAUCAACUUCUCCAAACAUCAACCGGUCGCUUUGAAUCAGACAAUUGGUGAGUAAUGUAAUAUAGACCAUAUCCUACCGUACCCUCCUACUUUACCAUACUCUAUCCUAUUCUACCUUAUCCUACCCCACCCUACACUACCCUUCCCUACCCUACCCUACCCCGCCGUACCUUACCCUACCCUACUCUACCUUACCCUCCCCUCCGCUACAUUACCUUGUUCUAGCCGAACCAACAGAGAUAUGUAAACAAGCCCUGACCGCUCCGGAGACCGUGCCAACCAACUACCUGACCGCCUUUCAUCCGGUCAUUCACACCAUUUACUUCGCUCACCAUCACGCUUCGUUGAUACAGGAACUGAUCGAGAACUACAACUACUUGUAA